GCAUUUAACUGAUAUUGGAAAGUUCCCCGUACAAAACAAAAACAGUAGUAGAAACUUGAUAUAUUUAUUCCCUCCAAAAUGAUACAACAAGAAUGUUAGCGAACAGAAUCGGCCAAGAAAAGCUCAUUAGACUUGUCUGUGGGGUAGCCCCAAAAGCAGAAACAGAUCUUGUUAGCACAAAAGUGACAUUUAGCUUUCAGAAUAGCCGUGUAAGAUGUUCAGAUCCUUAAAUUCCUUUCUGAAUAUACUACACAGCUGACAAAUUCAGUUCUCUGAACUCUUGCUGAGAAGUUCAAAACGAAAAGCCCUUAAAAAAUUUGUUCACAUACCCAUUUUCGGUCAUAAUGGGUAGCACAGGCAAGCAGAAGCUUGCUAAAAAGAAUUCACAGCCACCCACAAAAAAAGGUUCUGAAAAUCUUGCGACCAACAUCUAUCAGAGUUUAAACCCUCAAACUGAUGCCAGCUGCAGCUGCAGUGACACAGAAGGAAAGCAACAGGAGGAUCAAGCUUCAGACAAUGAUUUGGAAGCACCCGAGAUAUGCAUUGAUGGUGCCAAGGAAGAUGCGAUUUUACAGAAUGCAGAUGCCUUGACUGUCGAGGAAGUGGUGAGGAGAAGGGCUCGAAGGAUGAGGCAGCUGGCUAGAUUGUACAAGAGACAUUAUUGGGCUCUCAUGGAGGAGCUGAAGUCUAAAUACAGGGAGUUUUAUAUGAAGAACGGGAGAAGUGGGUUGAAAGAGGAAGCUGAAGAGGAGGACAAGGAAGAGAAAGAUUUUGUUGAUAGGAAUGGUGGAGCAACUGGCUCUAUGCAUUCUAGGUCAGAAAAUGGGGUGGAGCCUAUGAAGUGUUGCUUUCAGGGCUGCAAGUCCAAGCCUAUGGCUUUGUGUUCGUUUUGUUAUAACCACAUCCUGUCGGAUGCUCGGCAGCAACUGUACAAACCCUGUUCUUAUGUUAUCAAGAGCGGACAGAAUAAAUCAGUCACAUGUGGAAAACCAGUGCUGAAAGCAGCUGUACCCUCUUUGUGCACAGUUCACUUCCAGAAUGCCCAGAAACACGUUGCACGUUCUUUAAAAAGGGCAGGGCUUAACACUUCUUCCAAAUCUGCCCCGAAAUUCCACCUUAUUAUCUCAGAAUACGUAAACUAUAUUCAGAGUAAAAGAAGGGAAGCUCGGAUGGCUGGACCCAUCGAUAAUGCAGACAAGGAAGGAUUCGUCAAUUUUAGUGCAAGAAAAGAUCCUAACAAUCAUUAGAGCUUGCGUCUUUGUCUUCUUUCUGCUUGACUUUUUGAGCAGUUGACUCUCAAAUUCAUAGCUUGAGUAUGAAUAAUCAAACUUGGAGUCGCACAUAGUAACUAAUGUAUGAUGGAGCCUUGGGUGCUAUCUUUUUGGACAUUCACGCAAGCAUAUCAGAGAAAAAGACUAUUUACAAUUACAUGACUUAUUUGGAGAAUGUGUACACUGAAGAUUUCAGAUUCCCAAUUGUGUCAACGUAAUUCCUGGGAAUUCAACUUCUCAGUUACUCUAAUUAGGACUGUAUUUUAUGCAAAAUGUCUGCAAAAUACCUUUUGGUGCUGGUUCUUUAACAUAUCAUGUUCUUGUAAUUUAUCAUUUUAUCUUUUUAUUUGUUUAUUUUA